AUGCGUCCCGACGCCAUUUCUCUUCUUGCGGCUUUCCUCGCUGUGGGAGGUCUUGAGGUGGUGGCUGCCCAGAAUGCUGCCGACGCGCACGUGGAACGACCGCGUUGGUAUUUCCCUCGUGAGGUGAAGCGAACGAUCCGCAACAACCGCAACUUCAACCCCGACCCAGAAUCCCUCAUCGACAGCGUUUUCGAGAACCUUGUAACCCAAGGCUCUACCGCUCAGCCCGAGAUUACUCCUACACCAGAACCCUCGUCCACACCAGCCGCGGUUCAGUCUCAAAAGGGAGAGGAAGUUGUCGUCGUUACCAUCUCUGUCGACCCCAAGAACCCUGAGAUUACCCACCGGAUUACCGGCACAACAACAAUUGGUGGUGAGCCAACUGCGACUACAACUACAACCACCAAGAAGACCGAUGGAGCAAGCUCAGAUAACGUCGUUCAAAAGAGUUCCGAGGUUUCCCCUAGUGUCGACACAACGAGCCAGCAGAAGGCUGCCACCGAGUCCUCGGUUACCACGACCUCUCCAUCGACUGCAGCUUCCUCUAACGGUGGUGUUAUUGGCGCAGUAGGCUCAGGUCUGUCUUCACUCGGAGAUGACCUUGGCCUCGGUGCUUCAACUACCACCUCCGCUGCUGUGAUCCCGGCUGCUACUACCGAUUCAUCGGUCCAGGCCUCUACUACACCCUCUACCACCGCUACUACCACCGCUGAAUCUUCUUCCAACGGCGGUAUCGUUGGUGCGGUUGGCUCUGGUCUGUCUUCUCUUGGAGAUGACCUUGGCCUGGGUGUCUCGACCAGCAGCUCUACUUCUGCAACCCCGGUCGUCACUGCCUCUACCACGGCCUCUCCAUCGACUGCAGCUUCAUCCAACGGCGGCAUCAUCGGUGCAGUAGGCUCUGGUCUGUCUUCGCUCGGAGAUGAUCUCGGCCUGGGUGCUUCAACCAGCAUCUCUGCUUCUGCAACCCCGGUUGCCAAUGCCUCUACCACGGCCUCGCCAUCGACUGCAGCUUCAUCUAACGGUGGCAUCAUCGGUGCGGUUGGCUCUGGUCUGUCUUCGCUCGGAGAUGAUCUCGGCCUAGGUGCUUCAACCAGUAUCUCCGCUUCUGCAACCCCGGUUACUAAUGCCUCUACCCUGGCCUCUCCUUCGAGUGCAGCUUCAUCCAACGGUGGCAUCAUCGGUGCAGUUGGCUCUGGUCUGUCUUCACUUGGGGAUGACCUUGGUCUUGGUGCCUCGACCAGCAUGCUCGCUUCUGCAACUCCCAGUGCCAGCAGCCCCAAGGAAAGCUCGACCACAAGCUCAGGAACUGACCUCAUUGGUAUGCUACUGGGUGACAACUCUUCCAGUAACAACACCAUUGCCACUGCAUCUACCUCUAGUAUGCUGCCUACAAUCCCAGUCAGUGUCCCGGCCUCUACCACUGCCUCAGUCUCGGCUUCGACCACUCCUACCUCCUCUGGCGAUUUCAUUGGUGGUGUUGUGUCCGGUGUGGAUUCUCUGCUCGGUAUCACCCCCACAGGAACCGGUAGCACUGCCUUGAUCCCGACUGCCUCGAUGCCCGCCGGCAGUCUUUUGCCAACUAAGUCGACUGCCCUCAUUCCUGGAUUCGGUACCACUACCAGUGGAGGUGUGCCAACCCCGACCAACUCCAUUGGAUCGAUUCCCGUUCCGCACUCGCCUGGCGUGGACUCUACCUCUGAGUCUGCUACUGCUUCUGUCCCUGGCAGUGGCACCACCAGCGGUUUCGUUCCUGGCAGCGGCUCCAACGAGACCCCCAAGGUUCCAACACCGACUUCACACCCUGCCUCCACUCCUCUUCCUCAGACGACCGAGGUGAGCACGACCCAGACCGCAGUGGAGCCCCAGACCACCUCAACCGAGACUCCCUUGCCAUCCACCUCCAACGAUAAUGACUGGAUGCCAUCCACCAUUCUGAUCAUGCCUACCGUCGCGACAACCCACACUACAACUUCUGGUCAGACCGACAAGCCCCAAGCAACUUCCCUCCCUGGAUCCAUCACACCAUCGAACGAGGUUACCGAGGCUCCAUCUGACUCGACUCUGCUCCAGUUGGGUUUCAACGGCCAGCUGCCGUGGUCUUUCGUGGCAACAACUCCUCUAUCGUCGUCCCAGAUCUUCAACUAUACCCCGCAGGCCAUCGGUUACGCUUUGCCUACUCUCGCUGGCAAGGACUAUCCCGUCAUGUUCUCACUGGAGCCUUACUAUAACUGGCAAGCUACCGGUUACAACGCCACUCUGGCUAUUUUCUACUUCCCUCGUGAUAAGGUUGAGGCAUUGAGAGCUCUGAAAGUCAACCCCAACUCUGCUCUCUACAACCAGGCUAGUGAAUCUAUCCAGUCAUUGAUGAGCAUGGUUGACCCCACUAUCCCCCUGGAAUUCUCUGGCAACUACCCUUCCAGCAGCGGCGGAUCGAAUUCUGGAAACACCGACGGCGGCAAUGAUGGUGGCAGCGACGGUGGCAGCAACAGCAACAACAACAACAGUGAUGGAUCCGCUAGCAGCUCCAAGACGAAGGCCAGCUCCGUUGGAAUUGGUGUCGGCGUCGUGGCCGGUGCCGCCGCUUAUGGUGCUGGUAUGUUCUGGGUUGCUCGUCGUUACCGCAAGAGAAAGCAGCUGCACCAGCGCUCUAGCUCUACCGUUGAGCAGAUGAGCCAGGGUGCUUCCGCAGCCGGCUCAGUUUUCGCAGCUGGUGGCCGCACAUCCCCCAGCCAGAACAGCCGUGGUACUGCUCGCUCUCAAAUGAUCAGUGCCCCUGUUAUGGCCGAAAACUCCUUGGGAUGGAACUAG